CUUGUAUCUGUCUGAAGAUAACGUCGCAACGGACAUUAUUCUUCCGGGGAACCCAACCAGCGAGAUUCAACAACUUCGUCUUCGAAAGUUUGGUCUUUUAGAUUUUCCUUCACACGGCUCUCAGAUUCUUAAAAGGCAGAGGCUGUUCAAACGACUAUAGCUCGGAUUUUUUAUACCUCCUGCUUUCCCUGGAAUGUUGCUGUGUUAUGAUAUAUGGAGGAGUUCUCUGAGGAAAUGGGAUAUAUUCUUUGAUGGGUUUCCAUCUACUAUUUAGGUCGCACCCCAUUGGGCCUAUUAGGGAGUGGUUGUUCUUGACAAGGUGCUUGUACCUUCUUAUUGGAAGUUUGGAACUCUGUUAUCUGUCCACAGAAGGGUUCUUCAGUUUUUUACAUGGCUGGUUUUCUUGAUUGCUUAUGCUUUGUUGGUUUGAGAUAUUUGUUUCUCUAAUUUAUUAUUAUUAGAUCAAUUUGGAAUUCUUUUGGUUCAUUCUCAGCUUAGAGCAUGGUUUCCUGUUUCAAGAAAUACAAGAUGGUGUCUUUAGAAAUUGAUGCUAAAAACUGAGAUGCUCCUAAGACUUGUUUCCUGGAAUUGGGUUUUGAUUUAUUUCGGAAGUGGUUUUUUAAGUAUUCAAUGUUAUGAUUUUUUCCAUGCUUGGUUCGAGGGUCUUUGAUUCUUAGAUUCAGGUUUCUAGAUUUUGGACUCAUGGAAAUUGUUUGCUUUGGGGUUUUUAUGUUUAGAAUUAAAAUAAAGAGAAAAAUCUCCAUUGUGGAAUUUGGCUAGUUCAUAUCUGUUGAAGGGAGAGUGGAAAUGGAUUUGUGGGUGGUUGCUGUUGCAGCUAGUGCUGGAUGUUUAGCUAAGUAUUUGCGAAAUCUUUCAAGGGAUGGUAGCUUACCAGAACUGUCUCCCGGGGACCAGAACUGCGGGAAACCCAAAUUCCCAGAUUGUUCCUCCCAUAGAUUUGCACAUAGAAAGAAACUAGGAGAUCAUAUUUCUAAGGAGAGGAAAGGGGUUUCUGAUGGAAGGCUUUCAGAUGUAUACCGAGUAGAUGGUGCUUUGGCAGCAGAAGUGGCUUCCACUAGUGGGUCUGAUGUUGAAAGGUUGGGACGUAUAGACAUAUAUGAAGAUAGAAAUGCACUCUCUGUAUCCAGCAUACUGCCAAGAUGCCCAACAAAUGAUGAUAUUGUGAAGCAUGAGGCUGGAAAUAGGUCAAGUGGGGAUAUCAGUGAUAAUUCUGCCUAUCCAUUACGAGUUCCUUCUGCUGGGAUGGGUUCUUUUCAUGGUUCUUCGAGGAAUAGAAGCUCUCUUAGAGCUAAACGUUCAUACAGUCAUUUUAUUAAGCCUCUAAGAUCCUCAGGAAGUUGUCUUGUGGCUCAACUAUGCAAGGAACAUGCUGAAAUGGAAAAUUAUAUAUUUAGUUCUCUUCCAUCACCAUCCACACAAUCUAUGGGACCAUUAUUUGUUACCGAUGGAAGCGGAAUAUUAAGCAUAGCAAAUACUCAUUUUCUAAAUGCACAAAUUGGAUUCGAGGAAGACAAGGUGCUUGGAGACACCUGUUUUGUUAAGAAUGAAAAUAUGUAUGGCAUUCCUUUGCUACCGGCAAUCGGGUCUUUGGAGUUCUUGACUAGGAUGAAAAAGACAAGAACGUGUGGGAGUGGAAGGUUGAGCAGCUCCAUCAAAAUGGUCGGUGGAACGCACGUACAUGUCCAUUCACAAGAAGGGUCACCAGAUGGAAUUAUUCUAUUCGUUCUUGGGAUUUAUCUUGGCAUAAUAUCUUCUAUCAUAACAAAUAAAAGAGAAGUAGACAAUCUGAAAGAGUUGUUGAAGCAGACUCAAAACUUUGUACAAGAUCUACAAGAUGAACUGGAGAUGAAAGAUUCAAUUGUAGUGAAAGAGCUAGAUAACAAAAACUAUAAAUCACAGAAUCCUUCUGACAACUCCUACGACAUGGCUUUAACAACAGUUUCCACUGAACCGCAUACAGAAAGUUCAACAAAGUAUGCUGAUAAAAAAAUAUAUGAUUGGACUGUGGAGGAGAGCUCUGAACCUAUGAGUAAGAUUGAAGCAGAACUUGAAGCAGAACUUGAGAUGUUGGAACUAAACAUAAACGCGUCUAGUUUGGAUAGAAGACUUUCUGAUCUUGUUGAGCUUGACCCGGACUUUGUAGCAGAUUUUGCUCAAGGUGAGUUGAGAGCAGACAUGAUCAAUGACCGAGCUGCACAACCCGAGUCAAAUGAAGAUGCAAGGGACACCUCCACCCCUCACUCUGGAAAUUAUGCUGUUUCACCACGAGAACUGAGCUUGCGUCUGCAUGAGGUUAUACAAUCCAGGCUUGAAGAUCGUGUGCUGGAGCUUGAGACAGCGCUCCAAAACAGCCAGAGAAAGUUAAACCUCAUGGAAUCAGGGCCUGCGAAUUCUUGGAAGGAGUUUUCUAGAUGUGAACGGGUAUAUUCCUCUGUCCGAGAAAGUUCAAUUGCUCAAAAAUGCAAUCCUCUUGCCCAGCCUCUGUUUUUAGACGCAGACAGUGAGGCUUAUAUAGACUUAGUUAAGACAGAUGAUUCGGAAUACCAGGUAUUACCAUCAAGAGUCUAUGAAAAUAUCCAUCAGAAGGGCUUCAAUCAAUUGGGUGAACAUGCAUACAGGCAUUAAAAUGGUGGGAUGGGGCGUUCCAAGCCACAUCUCACAAUAGAUGACGACAUGUUGUCUCUGGAGUUCCAAGCAUUUGACUUGAAGGUUGUUGGCGUGGAUGAAGAUGGAAAGAGUGAUUGGGAUGAUGAUGAAAUUGAGCAGCAGCAGUUGAUCAAGCAGAUUGUGGAGGAAAGCAAGAAAGGUUCUCCUGUUGUUCUAAACGUACAAAGAGUUGAGUUCUUAGUGGACGAAAAUUGAGGCACCUGAAUGAAAUCUAAUUAAGAAUAGUUAUACUGAA